AUGGCACCCAGCGCGGCAUCAAUGGUGGCUAGAGGAUCAGCAUCUGUCGACGAAAACCAUCUUCCCCAGAUCUUGGUUGUGCAGACAAUUGUCACAUUCCUGGCUGUUACUGCGGUCGCCUUACGUCUCUAUGUUCGCAUCAGAUUAAUCAAGAAUCCUGGGUAUGAUGACUGGUCCAUGUUAAUCGCAGCGUUGUGCGCUUUGGGUGGCUGGAUCCUUUACAUUUUCGAGGCCGUUCACGGGCUGGGACACAGCGAUGCAUGGUUCGACGCAGGAAACGGCGAUGAAAAGAAAGUCACCCAGGGGACAUUUUGGCAGUCCAUACAAGGUGUGAUUGUCGUUGCCUACUGCUUCUUAGGUGCCAUGGCGCUUUUCCUCUACUGCUCGCCUAUGUCGGCUUAUUGGACUCAAGCUCCGGGCUCUCAUUGCUACUCGGUGAACCUUUUUGUGACUUUCGCUCUCGUGAACACUUCUUUCAACAUCUUCACUGAUGUUCUGUUCGCGACGAUCCCAAUUCCGAUUAUUUGGAUUCUCAAAAUGUCACGCAAAAUCCGCCUAUAUCUUAUCGGCAUCCUCAGUCUAGGCUAUGUGUUUGUCUCCCAUUCCUCUAUUUUGUCAGCGAAAUGCGAGCUGAAAUUCCGGUUGGCUAAUCCCGAUUUUGAGUACAGCGCUGUGAUCUUCGGUAUCAUGAGUGCCAUCUAUCAGAUCGCAUUUCCCUCAUCGACAGACCAGUACCUGAAUGACUGGAUCUUAUUCUGGGCAACAGCCCAAUUCAACGUCGGAAUCCUAGCCGCCUGCAUUCCCUCCCUCAAGCCCAUCGUGAGCAGGGUCCUCAAACUCUCCGAUUACUCAAAUUCCUAUCCCCCAAGCCGGAAUAUCUACGGAACUCGCUCCCGAUCUCGCCGCGUCCCAAGAUCCACUGGAGGAAGCAUACAUACAGUGGGUGGAAGUAGCGGAAACCGCAUCUGGUCCACGCACCGAGGCGAUCUGUAUGCGCUCCAAGAGCUGGGGAGUCGAGACUCUGGUGAACGUGGUCAUGAGCAUCAUCCAAAUGGCGAGUAUAGUGCCACUGCUACGUAUGACGGGGAAUGGCCCUUGUCGAGAGAUAAACACCAGCAGACUAAUGGUGGGAAAGAGGGAAUUGUGAAGACAACCGAGGUUACUAUAGAUUAA